AUGUUUCUUUUCUCAAAUCUGGCAAAGAAAUAUGUAACCCAUAAAAGCUUUAUUUCAGAAUAUUUCUUUAUGUUCGAACGUAAUGUUUUUCUUUUACAGAACAAUAAAAACUUAAUUAAUAUAAAAGGAAAAAAUUGUUACUCAAUUAUUAAUAAUAACAGUAAAAAUGAAAUAAAACAUGAUGAAAUUUUAAAACCACAUUGGCUAAACCUAAAUGAAAAGAAAAAAAAUAAAUUAGAUAAGUAUGAGGAACAAAAGGAAAAGGAAAAAGAAAAGGAAGAUAGUAAAUUUUUAAAUAUUUCAAAAAGGUCUAAAAUGAUGAAGUAUAUAAUAAGAUUAAGAAAAAAAAGAAAUUUUAGAAAAAAGAUGAAUGCAUUUUUUGUGAAGAAUUCUAGAACAAUACUAUAUUUAUCAAAUAAUAAAAAUUUAGUAUUCGAAGCAAUUUUAUCUAACAAUAAAAACCUAUUAAAGCAAUUCCAGGAUAAAUGUAAAAAGUUAUAUUACGUAAAUUGUGACAUUUUAAAUUAUAUAUUUUAUGAUUCAUUAAACGUAAUGAAAGAAAUAAAUGAUUCUGUAGCUAUAUUAAAAAUUCCUAAUGUGGUAAACGAAAUAAAAAAUAUAAAAUUCUUAUUAGCUUUUGAUAGAAUUAGAUAUGCUUAUAAUUUAGGGAAAAUAUUAAAUGUUGCUUAUUCUAUGAACAUUGACUGCUUAUUUUAUCUUCAUAAUACAGUUGACCCAUUUAAUUCAAAAGUACUUGAAAUAACAAAUGGUUCACAUUUAUAUAUUCCAUAUGUGUACGGCUCUUAUAAAGAUUUAAAAAAUUUAUGUAAUGAACAUAAUUUGGUUCCAAUUGUUGCACACAUAAAUGGCGUAAAUCCACAUAAUAUUUUAAAAGAAUCAAAUAAAAAUGGAAUUUGCCUUAUAUUGGGAAAUGAAUCAACUGGACCACACCCGGAUACUUUAAAAUUUGCAAAACCAAUUAGUUUACCUAUGCAUGAAAUGACUAAUUCUUUAAAUGUUUCCGUAGCAGCAAGCAUUCUAAUCCAUUAUAUUAAAAAUAUGUUAUGA